CACACACAGCAAGAAAGAACCCACCACCCCCUCCUCCCAGGCCUCCCUCCCAUUGGCUGCCCGUCCCUUUGUGUGCCAGGCAGCUGCAGCCCCAGCUCCACAUUUGAAUGUAUAUAGGGGAUUCGAAGGGACCAUUUCCAUGGGCCAUCUGUCCCCCAGCCAGCAGCAGCCUCGGCCGUCAGCAGCGCCGCUACCCCUGCCACCUCCCGCGAGGAGCCGCACAACAAAGGGAGCGCAGCCGCCGGCAGGAUGGUUUUAGUGCACGUCGGCUAUCUUGUUCUUCCAGUGUUUGGCUCUGUACGAAACAGAGGUGCUCCUUUUCAAAGGUCUCAGCAUCCUCAUGCUACCUCCUGCCGGCACUUCCAUCUGGGCCCCCAACCUCAGAUCUCGGCUGAUUUUCCUCUCCCUCCCCCUGUCCAGCCACAGCCAGGCCUGAACCCUCACAUGGCGACAGCUCACCAGCAUAACGGCCCGCUACACCAGCCCCUCCCACCUUUGCCAGCCCUGCCGUUUCAGGAUGUGACAGGACCCUCCUUCCUACCUCAAGCGCUACACCAGCAAUACCUCCUCCAGCAGCAGCUCCUUGAGGCCCAGCAGCGUAGGCUCAUGCCUCAUCCCAGGCGGACUCAGGAGCGCAUGUCUGUUCAACCUCAUCGGUUACAUCCGGGCUUUGACUUCAGCCAUCAACUGCAAACUCCUCAACCCAUGGGGCCCCAGCCCAGGUAUUUAGCUGAAGGCACAGACUGGGACCUUAGUGUUGAUGCUGGACUGACGCAUGCCCAGUUCCAGGUCAGGCCAGUCCCCCAGCACUAUCAACAUUACUUAGCUACGUCUAGAAUGCACCAUUUCCCCAGAAACACAUCAUCAGCGCAGAUGGUUGUUCAUGAAAUCAGAAACUACCCUUACCCUCAGCUUCAGUUACUUGCUCUUCAGGGACUGAAUCCAAACAGGCACACAUCUGCUGUAAGGGAAAGUUAUGAGGAACUGCUGCAGCUGGAAGACAGAUUAGGCAGCGUGAACCAGGGAGCUGUGCAGAACACCAUCGAGAGAUUCACUUUCCCACACAAAUAUAAAAAGAGAAGACCGCAGGAAGGCAAAGCUGAGAAGGAGGAUGGGGAGGAGUCCGACACGGAUGAGAAAUGCACAAUCUGCCUGUCUAUGCUUGAAGACGGAGAAGACGUGAGGCGUUUACCCUGUAUGCAUCUAUUUCACCAAGUGUGUGUGGAUCAGUGGCUAGCAACCAGCAAGAAGUGCCCGAUUUGCAGAGUGGACAUUGAAACACAACUUGGCUCGGACAGCUGAAAGAACCAAUGUGACGCACCAUUUUCCUUACCAGGUCAUAUGGCCAUAAGCCCUUGCAGCAAAAUUUUGCCUUCUGAGCCAUUUGAUUUAGAGGAAAAAGUCUGCAAGCACAUUAGCGAAAAGGAGGAAAAGGUGGUUCAAUAUCUAGUGGUAGGAGAGGUCCUCACAGCCAUAUUGGUCUAAUGCAUGGGAGCUGGUAUUCCCACAGCUAGAAGGCCCUGUGCUGCAGAAGAUUUAGUAUCGAACAUGAAGGAACUAGUGUGUGGUUAGUCUGGCCUGUCAAUCCUGAGUGUCACAAGGAUUGUAUAUAUACCUCUCGAAUAAGUAGACACAUGUUAGGGGGUCUUUAGCUAUUUCUGUGGACAGCAACUGGAGCAUGUUAGCUUAAGAAAUGUUGUGUUUGGUGCCCUAGUCAUCUUGUGGUGGACAUGUCGCUGUUAACCUAAUUUGCACCAAAUAUUUUUUUCAUAGAUUCCUUAUUUUGGUGCCUGACUGAAAUGUGGCGGAGGGGGACACAAAAGUUCAAUCUUCCCACCUUUAGGGGAAAAAAAUAGAGGUGAAAAAAGCAAAUCCCUGUUUGCAGUUAGAAGGAUCGUGCUCUUUGCCUCGUCUGUGUUGGUUUCUUUGAUUAUGUUUACAGUGUGUUACCAAUUGGAGAUGCCUAAAAAUAAUAAUUGGAAUGAAAUGAACAAAAUGGUAGAGAGAAGUUUUGUUCUUGCUUAUCUGCUGGUGCUGGACAUUUUAUAUAGGGCAGGAUCCUAGGAUUAUAUCUGCCACUAUAGUUUAAUGAGGAAUCUUGGGGUGCAGUAGCGACGGAGGGCCACUCGGCAUUUUAGUAUUGUGAUUUUUUCCUAUCACCAUCUCAUCUUCUAGGGCAAUUGCAAAGCCACUGUAAUCUGUUGGGCCCUGAUGCCCAUGGGAACUGCAGGUUGUUCCGCAUUUCUCCAAGACCAGGCCCAGACCCCCACCUCCAGAGGAGGAUGGAUCAGAUGCUAACCUUACACCACACCUGUGGUGAAAGAUCCAUUGUCUGCCUGCUGGAGAAAGAGAACCUAUUGAACGGGUCAGAGUCAUUAGACCCUGCAGGUGUUCUUUGGAGGACUAAUUGGCCUAGCAAUACGCUUGCAAUGUGAUGAAAAAUGCAUUCUUCCAUCUCUCCAAAACAAAAGCACCAACCAUAUUCUCUGCUAAAUCAGGCAUCCACUCCGGGGAAAAUUGAACAUGCCUUUCUUACAAUUAAAUUCCUAAUCGCAUGGUCUUCUUUGGCCAGCAGGCUAAAAAACUUCAAGUGACCUAAUUAAACACCCCGGAGCUGUGCUGCCAUCUAACCUCCUUUUCAGGCUCCCAGAGGGAAGGGAGAAAAAAGAUUGAUUCAAGGUGCAUCCUGCGCUAAAUUCCUUUCUCCUGUUCUUUCCUUUAUGAUUACACGAAAUAGCAACUUUUCGCAGUAAGAAUGAGAGGAGAUUACAGCUCCGGGGGCAUGCUGAAGGUUUUUUAUAAAAUCCACCUUUUUUUCUUCAUCCCUAGCUGUGGAAAAUCGCAGAUCGUUGUUCUGAUGACAAGAGGCAGGGGAGAAUAACAGGCUAGUUUAGUCGUAUUGCACAUAAAAAUUGCUGACAACAUGAAAGUGUCAGUACAGGAAGGGAAUUUAGAUAUAUGGGAUAAUUUACUACUUGGCCUGAAUUUUAAAAUAUAGAAGUGUACGUAUAUACAAGCACACAGCCAUACCGAUAUAUAUAUGGUAUGAUCGCUAAAAUGAAACAGAUGCUCAUUUGGCAGGCUCAGUUAUAAUUAUGAGAGAAAUAAAGGUUAAAAGUAAUCAGUGACGUGCCAAAAUAAUGGAGCUUUCUGAGCCACAUUCCUUUUGUAAUAAAUAUUUCAGAUUAUUUGCCAUGAGAGACAUUGAAUUAAGUGCAUGUUGACUCUUUACUCAGUCUUCUUUAUCUGACAGCCCCCUGGAGGUUUGGAAUCAACAGCCAAUAUUCUCCAGGCUUUUAAUACAUUUUUCAUGUACUAGGAGAGCAAAAAAGUGGCUAGAGGAUUUUUAAUCAGACACACGUAUUUAAAAUGCUUAUAUGGAGGAGGAUUUCUCAUUCCCACGAGUGCCCAUUUCAUAGGCGUUAAGUAAUGGUCUGUAAGUGAAGAGGAACAUAAAUUACACUUCCUAGGAGAGAUCAUAGAAUUCCUGCGAGCUGUAAUUGGAAAGUGCUGACCUCCCAGAUGCCCAUGAUAUAUUUUCUUCCAGUCUGGAGUAUAAAGUUAAUGAUAGGGCCAGGAGUGACUGCAUCAGCAUGCACAUGGGAGAUGCUCUCCAAUUCACUGCAGUAAUUUCUCCCAGGGUCGCCAUCUCUUCAGCAGAUCUGUCGUGCUAGGCACAGGUAAGUGGUGUGGGGAGGAGGGAAAGCUAAUAACUUACAGUGGCAGGUGAAGAAGACGGGCCCUGUAAAUAUUUAUUCAGAAUCCCUGUUCUCGUCUAGUGUGCGUGUGAUGAGAGCAGUGUUUGGGAGAGGAAAAUAUGUGUGUGUGUGGGGGGGGA